CGCGCACUCUGCACGAACGUUGUGCACGUCGUAGAUGACAAAGUGUGACGCGGUCGCGACAUACAGCGGAACCGAACAGGUGGCGACAAGCGCUAUGUUUGACACAUGAGUUAUGUGACAAUGGGGUGCCAAAGUUUAGUGAUGUGGCUGAAGCGGUGGCGGUUAAUUGUUUUAGGAAUUUCAGUGCUACUUCAAUGUACAGACUCUGUGGACGUGAACCUGCCGAGUUUUGUGGGCGAGGGCAGCAACGUUACCGUGGCUGUCGGCCGGGACGCCGCCAUCACAUGCAAGGUCGACAACCUGCAGAUAUACAAGGUGGCGUGGCUGCGCGUGGACACGCAGACGAUCUUGUCCAUCGGAAGCCACGUAAUCACUAAGAACCCCCGCGUGGGCGUGACGCAGGGUGAGGGCGCGUGGACGCUGGCGCUGCGCGGCGUGGCGCCCGCCGACAGCGGCCGUUACAUGUGUCAGCUCAACACGCAACCUAUGAUGAGCCAGGUUCAUCGCCUGCAGGUCGUCGUUCCGCCGGACAUCGAUGGCGAAGAAAGCAGCGGCGACGUGACGGCGCGUGAGGGCGCUAGUGUCGCGUUGCGCUGCCUCGCCUCAGGCAACCCUCCACCUGCCGUCACCUGGCGCAGAGAGGACGCCGCGCAUUUCGCAUUGGACGGUAAAGUUACGGUUUCCAAAUGGACCGGUGAGUGGUUGAACAUGAGUGCGGUGCAACGCGAGACGAUGGGGGCAUACCUCUGUAUAGCUUCCAACGGAGUACCGCCCUCCGUCAGCAAGAGGAUACAAGUCAAUGUUAUGUUCGCACCGCGGGUCUACGCCGACGCAGUGGCGAUGCGCGCGGGGGCUGGAAGCGCCGUCACGUUACGAUGCCGCGCCCACGCCCACCCGACUCCGCAGACAUACUGGACGCUUAACGGGGAACAGCGGCUGUCCAAUGGAUCAAAAUACACAAUGACGACUACAGUGAAGGACUCUACGUAUACGUUGAGCCUGAGGAUCGAGAACAUGGCGCGCUCGGACGCCGGCGCCUACCGCUGCCACGCAGAGAACGCCCUCGACAGGGCCCACGCAGACCUCUUCCUGCACUUGGUGACUACAACAUCUACCACGACGACCACCUCGACGACAACAACAACUACAACAACAACCACAACCCCAACCCCAACCCCACCGCCGACCACCAACAACAACAACAUAGCUACGUUGCGCUCAGAUGCGGCGGAGGGUCAGCUGGAGCAGCUGCUACGGGGGGUGAUGUCCGACCCCGCGGCGGAGGGCGCCUACGUCGUGCUCAGCCAACAACACAUGCAGAACCUUGAAAUGAAGACGACGACCUGACCGGAGGCGGGUGGCCACGACGAUGCGGCCUGGAGUGACCGCUGGCCACCGCUGCGGGGCGCGGCCACCUCGGUCGCAGCCAUCUGGCUGCCCUUUCUACUCCUCAUUGGCGUUCUGGCGUGAUGUCGCGGCCACCUGUCUCAUGUUCUCGUGAGUGAUUCCUGCCCAUAUAUGGACUUGUAGACUUAAGGAACUCUGUAUAUAAACAGUUUAAUACACAAACGUAUAUAAAAAAUGUACGUGUAAUUCGUAAGUUAGUCUAUAACUAUAGAUAUACAUAAGUACCUACUUUUGUAAGGAGUGAGAGAUAAAAAACGUGAAAGUCAAAUGUCUUGUUUCGUUAAUCGUUACAUUACACUCAAUAUACUUGUUUUGAAUACGUACAGUAGUAUUAGUUUAAUUUGUGUUGUUGCAUACAAUGCUGCUUAUACAAAAACCUUUAUAUGAUUCAACUUAACUAAAUUGCUCAAAUAUUAAAAAUGGAAAGAUGUAAAACGAGUAUACAUAGUUUACAAAAAAAGUUUUUA